AUGGCGAUCGGCGGCGGCGGGAGCUGGAGUAUCCACGGCCGCGCUGAUGUCACAUCCCGCUACGAGGUCCUCGGCCCCGCGGGCUCUGGCGCCUACGCUGAUGUCUACCGCGGCCGCCGCCGAUCCGACGGUGCCGCUGUCGCGCUCAAGGAGGUCCACGACGCCGUCAGCGCUCGCCGCGAGGCCGAGGCUCUCCUCGCCAUUCCCCCUUCCCCCAACGUCGUCACACUCAUCGACCACUUCCCCGGCGGCGACUGCGACGACGAUGUCCUCGUCCUUGAGUGGCUCCCGCUCGACCUCGCCGCCGUUGUGCGUGACGCGAGGAGGCGCGCGGGCGGGGGCGAGGGACCGGGAGGCAUCCCCGCCUCGCAACUCAAACGGUGGAUGCUGCAGGUGCUUGAGGGCGUCGCCGCGUGCCACCGCGCCGGUGUCGUGCACCGCGACCUGAAGCCUGAGAACCUGCUCAUCUCCGAAGACGGGGUGCUCAAAGUCGCCGAUUUUGGUCAGGCUAGGAUACUUCAGCAGACAGCACCUACUUUUCAAGAAAUGCACCCACAUGAGCAAAGUUCAGGCAUGGAAACAUGGAUUCCACAACAACAACCAGCAGUGCUACAAGGGACAGAAGAGGAACCAACGUCUUAUGAAUCAGAUGCUACUGCUGGUCAGGAGCCAGAGACCCUAACUGCAGCUGACUACCUGCAUGAACUGGACCAGCUCCGGCCAAAAUCCAGCGAUGUUGACAAAAUGAGCUUGCAGGAUGGAGAUGCAUCCUGUCUUGCCACGUGCAGUACAGGAGACAUUGAAGAUGAUCCAUUCCGAGCCUCCUACUCAUACAAUGUAGAAGGCAUAGGUGAAGAUUCUGGUGUCUUCACUUCUUGUGUUGGUACUAGGUGGUUCAGGGCUCCUGAGCUUUUAUAUGGGUCAACAAACUAUGGGCUAGAGAUUGAUCUCUGGUCGCUUGGAUGCAUUUUGGCAGAACUUCUGAAAUUAGAGCCUUUGUUCUCAGGGAUAUCGGAUAUUGAUCAGAUUAGUAGAAUCAUCAAUGUCCUGGGUGAUAUAACAGAAGAAACCUUUCCAGGCUGUUCAAACUUGCCAGAUUACAACAAGAUUUUCUUUAACAAAGUUGGGAAACCGACAGGCCUUGAAGCAUGUCUGCCUAACAGAUCUCCUACUGAGGUUAGCAUCAUAAAGCAGCUAAUUUGCUAUGACACAACAAAGAGGGUCAGUGCUGCUGACCUGUUGACUCAUCGGUACUUUACGGAAGAGCCCUUGCCGGCACCUAUAGAAGGAUUACAAGUCCCGGCAUCAAAGGAUGAGGAUGAUGACAGCUCAAUGGAAGAAUGGGGUAAUUACAGGGAUGGUGUCUCGGAUUCAGACUUUGAUGAGUUUGGUAGUAUGGAUGUCACCAAAACUGACAAGGGUUUCAGCAUACGCUUUUCGUGA